AUGCUCCGCCGUUCGCUGCCGUGGUCUGCCGCCGUGCCGCCGCUCCUUACCGUGCCGCUCCUUCCGCGCCUCGCCGCCCUUGCCAUUUAUUCGCCGUCCCUCCUGCCGUGCGUUACCGCCGUGCCGCCAUACCGCCGCUCCUACAGUGCCGCGCCGCCUCCCACGCGCACACACCUUACCUCCUGCUCGACCGAGUUUGCGAUGAGAAGUGACCCGAGCCGCCGGGUGCCCCGCAGCGGCCUCGCUGGACCAGAAGAACCGGUCCGCGAGUGCUCCGCAGCAGCCUCGCUGAGCCAGAACGUCGGCUCGCGAGACGACAAGAAGUGGUACUCUGGGCAGGCCAAGGCGUUUGACUCGGUGACGUUGGAGCACUUAGUGCGGUACGACGACGGCGAGGAGCGGCAGGAGUGCCUGACAGGACUCGAGCCGUUGCAGUGGGAGCUGCUGCUCCCCGCGGUGGCGGCCGCGUCGAGUACACGGGCUGCCACAAUGUUGCGCAGCGCGCCGCGCGAGGCGGACCCAGAGACGUUGGCGACGCGUCUCGCUGCCGCCGAAGGGCUGACGCUCGUGCCAGCGAACAAUGAGGUGGGAUAUCGUGGCGUGUCGCUGCAUACGUCGCCUGGAACGUUUCACGUGCGCAAGCGCAAGGACGGCAAGAAUUACGAACUUGGCCACUUCUCGAGCGCUGCCGAAGCCGCUCUUGCUUAUGCCCGUUUUCUCGGCCCGGCGGAGUCAGCCAAAGAGGCGGCCGCCAGGCCGGCUCGGAAGAUGAGGGCCGGGUCGGAGGACCACGGAGGCUUUGGCGUCCCGCGGUGCAACGUGUCCGUCGAGGCCGUCAUUUGUGAGAGCGCCUCAGAGGACGAGGGCGACGAAGCCAUCCGUGGUGCUGCCACCACCCUCGUCACGGCGGCGUCUGCGAACGGCGACAUGGCGCCGAUGUGCUCGCCGCCUGCGCAGGCACCCGGGGGAGGGGCUCUGAAGCGCAAGCGCAGCUUCCACAGCGAGGAGUUCGAGCUCGCUGCCGCCGGGGACACGAUCUCCAUCCCUGUGCCGCAGGCCAUGCGCGGCCGAGGGGCCACCGUCGUGGUGACGUAUGAAUGA